GCUUGUUUCAAGUUCCUACCCCGGGAUUUGAUGCAUCCUUGGCCAGCAACCAUCUUCCAUGAACCGGGAAAAAUGAGCAGUCAAUUGAAUUGUGCUUGAACAACACCUCGAUUAAGCUUAUGCAACUGUGGGGUUAUUGAGACUCACCAUCCAAUGUACUGGUUCUCCAUCUCUUCAUAAGAAUAGGGGGAAUCCCGGUCACUAUUUCAGGUUUUCCAUUCCCAGAGUCGAGGGAUUGCAGUUCCCUCAUCUCGAUUGUCUCUUAAAUCGCCCUCUUGCAGUACUGCUUUCAAAUUAGACAUGUUUACAUAUAAUCUCAAGCGUCCGAGAGAAAAAGAGGAGCACGACUCUGAUGGACUUACGGUUCAUGAAAAGAAGAAACAUCGCUCGUUACCACUACGUGCCUCUCCCUAUAUCAACAGCAAUCUAUCAUUCUUUAAAAAUAACGAGACUACACUACAAGUCGGGGUGUCGACUCUCACACCCACUGAAUCCUCGGAGGAUGAUAAUGAUCAUGGCCCGUUUGACGGAAAAUCUCGCAGCUGUUUGAAACAAGCAGAGUGCCAUCAGGCCCAGUCCACCCUUCAAUCCGCUCGACUUAGCACGGAAAUGGAUGUUGACAGUGGCAACAAUAUCAAUGUGGGCUUUCCUGACGAGAGAUGUAACGAACGCUCACAACAAUCACCGAUUCCUCCUAGAAUUAUCAAUCGCUCGCUCACCAUAAGCGAGCAACGGGCUAUGCGUAUGGCGCGGGAAGCUGUUCCCUCGGCGGUUGGCCAUGCAGACGAUAUGGAGAACUCACAUAGCGUAUACCUGGCACGUCGCCAGACUCUAGAUGACCUGUAUACCGACCGCAAUACAGCUUGGUGGCGUGACCAGCGUCUCCCUAGCCCCAUCAGUGAUGCUGAUGCUAUGAUCAUUAGUAGCAAAUAUUCUGUCAGUGAUGCUGAUAUGACAUACACUACAUCGCGUCCGGCGUCCCCUUCUUUGGGACAAACGAGUACUAUGUUUGCGAACAUGCGCGAAUUGGAUUCUUCACGAGUUUCCCUUGCAGCAGGUGUAAGUAGCCCGAACAAGGUGGCAUUCUCGAUGGGCUACCGGUCGGACUGUGAUAAAUGCCGGCGCAAGGUGCCUGGUCACUAUAGUCACAUCAUACGCUGUUGAUUAGCAUGAUACCCUCAACUUACGACGACUUGAAUGUUUUCUUAUUCUACGCGCUGCUUUAGCAGUCAUGGCCAUGGAGCACAGCAGGC